AUGGAAUCUAGAGAUUCUGAUGAAUUUCAUUCGUCUUUAGAACCAGUUGUAAUUAUUAAUGAUGGGGAUGUGGAUGAAGAAACUUUUAAUAGCAAAGAUGACGACGAUUCAGAAACUGAUCCCCUAUCAAUGGAAAAUAUUGAUAAAGAUGAUAUAAUAAAUUCGAUAGGUCCCGAAAUUUCGAUUAUACCAGUGAAGAGAAAAAGGCCACAAAUAAAAAUUAGACUAUUUGAAAAAGAAUAUUCGCCUUCCAAGGAUGAUAGCAAAUUAGUGAAAGUACAAAGUUAUAUCAGGGCCCCCCGCGAGAAAGUGCGUCGUGUCUCGUUAGACGAAGCCUUAAACGCAGAAGAUACCUACGCGAAACGUAAAUCUAACCCCCUAGAGAAGUGUCCUAUUUGUAAAAAGUACUUCCGUAGAAUGAAGACGCACUUACUCAAGCAUGAAAUGGUAAGUCGGGCUCCGGAGGACCGCCUCUCGUGCACCUAUUGCAUGAAGGCGUUCAAUACCCAAAGCAACCUCGCCAUCCACAUGCGAACGCACACCGGGGACAAGCCUUAUGUGUGCGAGGUCUGCCACAAGUCAUUUUCGCAGUCGUGUAACUUGGUAAACCACAUGCGGGUGCACACUGGUGAAAAGCCUUUCAAAUGUCCACACUGCGACAGAGCCUUCACCCAGUCCGGUAACUUGAACAAUCAUAUCCGUCUGCACACGGACGAGAAGCCUUUCAAAUGCCAUUUUUGCGACAAAGCGUUUGUACAGUCCGGCAACUUGAGUUCCCACAUCAGGAACAACCACAAGUUCGACGAUAAUACUCUCGAGAUUCUGGUUACUCCGCAGUAACGUCUUUUUUUUCUUAAAUAGUCCAGCAUUAUGCCAUAUCAUGUCGAUGGUAAUUCGACGAGGUCAAUCUACCGGAUCUGCUCGCCUGGGUAUUUUCUGAGGUGUUUGUUCCCUUUACGAAUGAUUUUUUUUGUAAUUGCGCUGCGAAUUUUGUGAAAUGUUGAUUCUGGUGUUAACUCGUAC